CCAAACGAUGAAGACAUUCUUCUUCAAUACAACAGCAGCCAAGGACGAGCAUCAGCUGAUCGAGGGAGAGCAGGAGAGAGGAAGUUACCUCCUCUCGCCAUCUCCAUCACUGCCACCACCUUCAUCAUCAUCGGCUUUGAGUCCAUGUCGGUGAAGAUGAUGUUGCGCUAACGAGCAGCGGGAGGAGCGCUUGAGCAAGAGGUGUAUUUGGAAGUUGAAUACGCUGAGGAGACCUAUGUAUGUUCGGAUUUCGUCUCUUUUCCCUUCGCCAAUGCAAAAGGAAAUAUGCAGCGAAGCGUUUCCCUCCUCUACACCAGUUUACUGGGGAUGUGCUUGGCUUCAAGCGCAAGUUUCCCAAGUAACAUCAAUAUAGGAGGAUUGUUCCCCACCGAGUCCCAUGAAUAUGAAGUGUUUCGCUUCGCCCUGUCACACCACCAGGACAUCCCUAAACUGGUGCCGCAGGUCGAUAUGGUCAAGAUGGGAAAUAGUUUUUCCAUGACGUAUGCCUUCUGUUCCCAAUUCUCCAAGGGUGUGUAUGCCAUCAUUGGAUUGUAUGACAGGAAGACGGUCAACAUGCUCAUGUCCUUCUGCGGCGCCCUCCAUGUCUGCUUUGUUACACCGUCCUUCCCAAUUGAGACGGCUAACCAAUUCGUCAUCCAGCUGAGGCCUGAGCUACAGGAUGCUCUCGUGGGUGUAAUUGAAUACUAUAGUUGGGACAAGUUUGUCUACAUGUACAGUUCAGACUCCGGGCUGUCAGUGCUCCAGAAGGUUUUGGAUACAGCAGCAGAGAGGGACUGGCUGGUGACUUCAGUCAAUGUGGAGACAAUGACAGAGGCGUCUUUCUUGAAAGUGUUCCAGGAUUUGGACAAGAGAAAGGAGGGUCAAAUUAUCAUCGAUUGUGAGACAGAGAGGCUCACUGGCAUCCUUAAAAAGAUUGUUGAGAAAGGAAAGAAUGCAAAGAGUUACCACUACAUCUUGGCUAACCUGGGUUUCCUGGACAUUGACCUGACAGACCUGCGGAAGGGUGGAGCGAACAUUACCGGCUUCCAGCUUGUCAACAACUCAGAGCCCAGUGUUAGUAGAGUUGUCCAGCAAUGGAUGGAAUUUGACAACAAAGAUUCCAAAAUGCCCAAGAGUGGUCUGAAAUACACUGGAGCUCUGACAUAUGAUGGUGUGAAAGUCAUGUCAACAGCGUUCCAGAAUUUAAGGAGACAAAGGAUAGACAUAUCGCGCAGGGGCAAUGCUGGGGAAUGUCUUGCCAACCCACCAGCCCCAUGGGGUCAAGGCAUAGACAUCCAAAGAGCCUUGCAGCAGGUCCGUAUUGAUGGUCUAACUGGUCACAUUCAAUUCAAUGAGAAAGGCCGUAGAACCAACUACACUGUUAGUGUCAUGGAACUGGCGCCAUCGGGACCCAAAAAGGUCGGCUACUGGAAUGAAGAUGAAAAAUAUGUGACCACCGCAAGCUUCAUGAGAGGGAGCAAUGACACAUAUGGCCUUCAGAACCGAACUUACAUCGUCACUACUAUUUUGGAAUCGCCAUAUGUGAUGCUUAAGACAAACCAUGAUAAGCUUGUUGGAAAUGAUAAAUACGAGGGCUACAUUGUAGAACUGGCUGCAGAGAUAGCCAAACAUGUUGGAUAUCAGUACAAACUGAAGAUUGUUUCAGAUGGCAAGUAUGGAGCAAAAGACCCUGACAGCAAAAUGUGGAACGGCAUGGUUGGAGAACUUGUAUAUGGGAAAGCAGACGUGGCUGUGGCACCUUUGACCAUUACCCUAGUCAGAGAGGAAGUUAUCGACUUCUCCAAGCCCUUCAUGUCACUAGGCAUCUCCAUCAUGAUCAAGAAACCUACUAAAUCGAAACCUGGAGUAUUUUCCUUCCUAGACCCUCUGGCUUACGAGAUCUGGAUGUGCAUUGUUUUUGCAUACAUUGGCGUCAGCGUCGUGCUGUUCCUUGUUAGUCGCUUCAGCCCAUAUGAGUGGCAUGCUGAUGACUACGAGGAAGGAGGUGAGCCACAGAGCCCUACUCAGGCUGCGGCCUCCAAUGGGUUGCAGCAGGGCCAGACAACAACCCAGCAAAACAGCAACCAGCAAAAUCCGGAGCAGUCCAAUGAGUUCGGUAUUUUCAACUCCCUUUGGUUCUCACUGGGGGCAUUCAUGCAACAAGGCUGUGAUAUCUCACCACGCUCCCUGUCUGGCCGCAUUGUUGGAGGGGUCUGGUGGUUCUUCACCCUCAUCAUUAUCUCAUCCUAUACUGCCAAUUUGGCUGCAUUCCUAACAGUUGAGAGGAUGGUGUCUCCCAUAGAGAGUGCUGAAGAUUUGGCCAAGCAAACAGAGAUUGCGUAUGGAACACUGGAUGCUGGCUCAACAAAAGAGUUUUUCAGGAGAUCUAAAAUCGCUGUGUUUGAGAAGAUGUGGUCCUACAUGAAGGCUGCCGACCCAUCUGUGUUCGUCAAGACCACAGACGAAGGCGUCAUAAGAGUUCGUAAAUCCAAGGGAAAGUAUGCCUACCUACUGGAAUCCACCAUGAAUGAGUAUAUAGAGCAGAGAAAACCCUGUGACACUAUGAAAGUAGGAGGAAAUCUGGACUCUAAAGGUUAUGGCAUUGCCACUCCAAAGGGAUCGCCCCUCAGAAUCCCAGUAAACCUAGCGGUGUUGAAACUCAAUGAGCAAGCCGUCUUAGACAAACUGAAAAACAAAUGGUGGUACGAUAAAGGGGAGUGUGGCAACAAGGACUCCGGAAGAAAGGACAAGACAAGCGCUCUGAGCCUCAGCAACGUGGCCGGAGUCUUCUACAUCCUGAUCGGCGGCCUGGGCCUGGCCAUGCUCGUGGCGCUGGUGGAAUUCUGCUACAAAUCCAGGACCGAGUCACGCCGAAUGAAGCAAUCCAUCAAUGACGCCAUGCGCUGCUCCACCCUGACCAGGAUGAGCGGUAAUGGGAGCGGAGGAGAGAAUGGACGACUCCUCACCCAUGACUUCCCCAAGACCAUUCAGACACUACCAUGCAUGAGCCACACUGCCAGCAUGGGGUUGGGUGCCUCAGGAAUGUGAUCCCAUGGCGGUGGGAGAAGAAGUGAGGGCAGGGUGGAACAGUAAGAGCACAAGACUCUGAUGACCUCCAAAAAACAAAAACAAAAAAAACAUGGCGGUGUGGUUUGACCCAUUUUUUAAAAAAGUUUUUGUUGUUGUUGCUGUGCCCGACCUAAACAAGAUCUAACUUACUGCCAAAUGUACGGUUCAAAUGCUCCCUACAAGCUACAGAGACAUUUUUAAUAUGUAGAUAUUUGGGGAAACAAAAAGUGUGCUGCAAUAAAGAAACCGGGUGUGUUUUUGCUAUUUCUUUUUUUACCGUGUUAUUUUCCGUGAGGCAAAAAAAAAAUUAAAAUAAAAAAACGUUAUUCUUAAGUGUGCCACCUGCGUUGUGCAAUUGCAAUGAAGUUGUUGACUUUAGUCUGUGUGUGCAAUAUUUUCACCUCCACUUCUGGCCCUACUACCUAAAUGCUUUCUUGUGGCUAAGUUUGUUUUUGCACUGGGGUGGAGAUAAGGACAAAUGACUACGAUUAUUUAUUUUAUUUUUACGGUAGAUGCCUCCACUCUUUCACACAUCCAUUUAAAUGUUGGAAGGACCAAGUGCUCAGUGUAGCAUAUAUGGUUUGCACUGAUGUAACAAGUGUAGUUGAGUUGAUUCCCUCACGAUGAAUGGCUGUUGCCGGGCAGAAAAAACACAAAUUGCUGCUACACCUCAUAUAACACGUCAUGCCUUGUCUUUGUGCCAUAGCACCAUUUUUUUUGUACGCACAAAGUUUUUAUGUGCUUUUCAGAAACUGACCUCUUGAGAAGGCAAUCUGGCGCAAUAUAGUGUCUAUGAGUGACCUUACACUGUAUUGUGCUGCUGUGAGCUUUGUGUCACUGCAUUAUUUGAAAAUUUAUUAGCACAACAUGUUGAAAAGUAAAGAAAUCUACAAAUUAAUUGCUGAAUCGCUGGUUCUUAUUCAUUUCUGUGAUGCAUAUUUUUAUGUAUUCAGUUUUAAUUAUUUGGUCAACUUUCUAAAAGUUAGCACUAGCCAAUGCUCCCCUUAAAAUUUAAUGGAAAGAAAAUUCAAGGUCGUGAAUACUUUCAUAUUUUUGUAUAUAUAUACAC